GCCACUUGCCACCUAGUGCUUACCUUCUAACUUUGUUUUUCACGAUUGUGGUAUAGAUACUAAUUUGAUAAUUAUGAUGCAUCAAACGGUCGUCAGGAAAUAAUUAAUGUGUUAUUGAUUUCACCGUUUGCCUACGACUGAUACUUUUCUUCCUACUAUAUUUCCUCGAAACGCUAGCUAAUGCAUAAUUAUCGAGAACAUUCAGUGUAACAAGAAUUGAUGCCACGAUAUGGCAAUCGCUCACCUAAAAUUUCAGAAAAUGCUUUAUAUCCUACGAUUGUUUGGGACAUUUACUAAUACAUGGCCACCACAUCCAGAUGUUGGGAAAACUGAACUCUUUUUACGCAAUCUUUAUUAUUAUGUCGCUAUUUUCAUAUCAAUGGCGGUAUGGAUACCAAUGAUAAUAAGCAUAUAUAAUAGUCGGAAUGACGACAUCGGUAUAUUGAUGAAGAACGUGUCUCAUGCGGCUGCCAUAAUAGAAGCCAUUUUGAAUUCAAUUUUUUGUAGGAUUAAGAGAAGACAUUUGCAGGGUCUCUUGAUAAGCAUCGAAAAGUUUACUAGAGCAUCAAACAAUCGUGAAAAAGUCAUCCUUGAAAAGUAUGUGGAUCGAUACGCAACGUUCAUUUUGGUUGUUGCAACGUCUUUUAUCAUGGCAGGAGUCACUGUUAUUUGCGCUCCUUUAUUUAUGCCUUUGGAAUUUCCUACGACUGUGUGGUAUCCAUUUUCAACAAAACCACUAUUACGAAAAUUUAUUCUCUACAUCAUGCAAAUAUUUAUAAUAACGCAUACUGUCCUUUGUUUUGGAGUGGACGUCAUGAUUGCUGUCUUCUUAUUUUAUUCGACAGCUAGAAUAGAGAUGCUGUCUUUCGAAGUAGAACAAGCUGCCAAUGAAAUUAGUAUUAUAUCAUGUGUAAAAAAACAUCAAGAAAUAAUAGGGGAAUGAAACACUUCUUUGAAAAAAAAACCAGUUUCCUCUUUCGACGCAACACUCUUGGAAACUAUAAAAGAUGUUGAUACAAUAGAAAAAAAUGUUCUGAAUAAAAGUUAAAUGGUUUAAAGGGUACUUUAAAACGGUUCGAACAAAAAUUUUUACUUUUUUAAAUACCCCACCACUUAUCACUUUUUCAUUUUUGACAUUUUUAUCACCAAAUGAAAACUUACGGUAAUUAUGGAUAAAAGGGGCAUCCUCUCUAAUUUGCUUUAUUUUUAAAUAUGUUGUUGGGGAUGUCUUUCCGAGUCAUUUCAUAUACAUAUACAGGGUGUAACUAAAAAGACAUAUAUAGAACACACCAUCAGAUAUAGCACAGGAAUCCAAAUAAAAAAGUCUUUGGCCAAUUUUUGAUCUGAGCAUUCCUUUCGUUGUU